CAGAGCAAGUUACAGGAUAGCCGUGGCUCCACAGAGAAACCUUGUUUUGAAAAACAAAGAUGGGAGAACCCAAGGUGGGAAGAGCUUCAAUGGGUGAUUAUGACUUUAAGUAUGCACCAGAGUGAUACAGGUUGCUGCUCCUGCUCCGAGAACUCUGAUUCCGUAGGUGAGAGAUGGGCCUGAUCGUUUGGCAUUUCUUACAAGCUAAUGUUGUGGUCUUAGCACCACAAUGGUCUUUGAGAACCAUUGGCCAAGAUGAUCUUUCUACCAUCUUUAUAGUCAGCUAUCCUAAUUAUUCACCUUCAGCAGAAAGAGUAGAAAGGUGUCUUUGUGGAUGGGAAAAGAGCUCCUACGCAUUCCAUGGUGUGGUUGACAGUAUGGAUAAAGAUACCUCUAAGGACUUAAAGACAGCAUGAUGACCAAGAGGGAAACGGAAAAAUAAAAUGGCCAGAGAGGAGGAGCGCAGAAACGCAGGCAGGCAGACCGUAUAAGUCAAGCUCAUACAUAACCUUUUGUCCAGGGGGUGGAGGGUGGAGGGUGGCGCAGGGCAGGUGUGUGUGGCACACAGCCCUAAUGGUGGCUGUUGUUCAAAGAGGUUAUGUGAUGGCUUCCUGGUUUCACCUCACUGAGGCAUGAAAAGGGCGUAAAAAGCCACAGUGAGUUCACUUUAUGGAGUCUGCCCCUAAGGUUUCCUGGUUUGUUUGGGUAAGUCCCAACUUGGGACUUCUGUUCUUCUCUUACCUGGGCCUCUUAUCUCAGGGGCGUUUGUAGUGACCAGUGCUGAGUUCAUACUUUGGCUCCGUUCCAGAGCCUGUAGCCUCUUACACUUGAUGGCAUCAGCUGAGAGGGAGGGGCCAGAAGGAAGUAGUGUCUACCAGAUGGAUGUCAAAAGAAAGGCUUCAAUAUCCUGAACACAGAAAAAGAAACCAAAACCAAAUACCCCAGCCCGAGCAGCCGUUGGAGGCUGUGGCGGGUGGGGGCAGAGAGGCUGAAGAUGGAAACAUCGAAUAUAAACUGAAGCUGGUGAACCCAUCUCAGUACCGCUUUGAGCACUUGGUGACACAAAUGAAGUGGCGGCUCCAGGAAGGACGCGGUGAGGCUGUCUACCAGAUUGGGGUAGAGGACAAUGGGCUGCUGGUGGGGCUGGCUGAAGAGGAGAUGCGGGCUUCCCUCAAGACCCUGCACCGGAUGGCAGAGAAGGUUGGGGCAGACAUCACUGUUCUUCGGGAGCGAGAGGUGGAUUAUGACAGUGACGUGCCCCGGAAGAUCACUGAGGUGCUAGUACGAAAGGUCCCUGACAACCAACAGUUCCUAGAUCUCCGUGUGGCCGUCCUAGGGAAUGUGGACUCAGGGAAGUCAACCUUGCUUGGAGUCCUGACCCAAGGAGAGCUGGACAACGGGCGGGGCCGGGCCCGGCUCAACCUUUUCCGCCACCUGCAUGAGAUUCAGUCUGGCCGAACCUCCAGCAUCAGCUUUGAGAUCCUGGGCUUUAACAGCAAGGGAGAGGUGGUGAAUUACAGCGACUCACGGACUGCAGAAGAGAUCUGUGAGAGCAGCUCCAAGAUGAUCACCUUCAUUGACCUGGCGGGCCACCAUAAAUACCUGCACACCACCAUCUUUGGCCUCACCUCCUACUGCCCCGACUGUGCCCUGCUCCUCGUCAGUGCCAACACUGGAAUCGCCGGCACCACACGGGAACACCUGGGGCUGGCCUUGGCCCUGAAAGUGCCCUUCUUCAUCGUGGUCAGUAAAGUGGACCUGUGUGCUAAGACCACAGUGGAGAGGACAGUACGCCAGCUGGAGCGGGUCCUCAAGCAGCCUGGCUGCCACAAGGUCCCCAUGCUGGUCACCUCUGAGGAUGAUGCUGUCACUGCUGCCCAGCAGUUUGCCCAGUCACCCAAUGUCACCCCUAUAUUUACACUGUCCAGUGUGUCUGGAGAGAGCCUGGACCUUCUUAAAGUCUUCCUGAAUAUCCUGCCGCCGCUCACCAACAGCAAGGAGCAGGAGGAGCUCAUGCAACAGUUGACAGAGUUCCAGGUGGAUGAAAUCUACACAGUCCCAGAGGUGGGGACUGUGGUUGGAGGAACACUGUCCAGUGGGAUCUGCCGCGAGGGGGACCAGCUGGUGGUAGGCCCGACAGAUGAUGGCUGUUUCUUGGAGCUGAGGGUAUGCAGUAUUCAGCGCAACCGCUCUGCGUGUCGUGUUCUUCGAGCUGGUCAGGCUGCUACACUAGCCCUUGGAGACUUUGACCGUGCAUUGCUUCGCAAGGGCAUGGUGAUGGUGAGUCCUGAGAUGAAUCCCACCAUCUGCUCAGUGUUCGAGGCAGAGAUAGUCCUACUGUUCCAUGCCACCACCUUUCGGCGGGGAUUCCAGGUGACAGUACAUGUGGGCAACGUACGUCAAACAGCAGUGGUGGAAAAGAUCCACGCAAAGGACAAGCUGCGGACAGGGGAGAAGGCAGUGGUACGUUUCCGUUUCCUGAAACACCCAGAAUACCUGAAGGUGGGCGCCAAACUGCUGUUCCGGGAGGGUGUGACCAAGGGCAUCGGUCAUGUCACGGAUGUACAAGCCAUCACAGCAGGAGAGGCCCAGGCCACCAUGGGCUUCUGAGUCAUCCAAACAGCUCUACUGCUGUCCUACAAUACAUGAGGUGACUUCCGGCCAUGCUGCCCACUGUUGGCGGCUCUGUGUGUUAAUAGGCUAGGGAGAGGAGUGUCUGCUGCCGCUUGCUUCCGGCCACGUUCCUGGAGAGGUGUCAAGUUUGGUAUGGCCAGGGAGGGGCAGUCCUGUGGGAGAAGAUGGUUCAGGGCAGUGCUCAGCAGCUGUGUGCUCCCCUGGUUGGGUCAUUAACCCUGCAGCUGCAUGGUCUUGUCUGCUGGAGGGAGCAGAACAUAGCCAUCUUGGCCCACUAUCAGGACCAGGCAUGACUCACCAGUGUCAUCUCUGCACUUCAGGAAUUGUCAACAACUGGGGUGGCCCUUGUCAGCACUUCUUUUUUUAUACCUCCUCUCAAGGCCACGUAAGUUACCUAGCUCUACCUGACUGUGGAUAAAAGACAGUGCUCUAGCCAUCUGGUGGACCCAGGGACUGAAGCAAUGGCACAGAGACCAAGACAGACUGUGCUCCUAUCCUGGGUUGAGUCCCGAUGCAUAUUCCUGCUUCAUUUCCUUCUCUCAAGGGCCGCUUCCCCAGACCCUCCUGUUAUAAGCCUCACUUGGUGCUAUUUGUGGUGCUGGCUCAGGCGUGGGGCUGCUCAGGCUUGGCACACCAAAGGCCAGCUGCAUGUCAGUUUCUCUCCUUCCAGUUAUGUUGGCUUCCGUGCUUUCUCAGAUUGUGUGGUAGCCAUAGGACCUGACCCAGUUUGUGCCUCCUGGGAUCCUCAUCCCCAAUCCUGCUCUUACGUAAAACUUUUUCUUGUUUUAGUAAUUUGUAGUGAUCACCCCUUCCCUCUGUUGCUGGGACCCAGGAGGAGAGGGGAAGUCCUGUUUCCUGUCCUAGGCGUGGAUGCCCACCUUGCCCUUUGUUAGCAUCCUGGGUUCCCAUGAACUCAGGGAUUUGUUGGAAGAUUCUCUGCAUAAUAGAUAUAUAUAUAUAUGUAUAUAUAUUUAAAUACACACAUAUAUUGUACAGAAUAAAAAUGUUUUAUUGGACA